CAUGCUCUUGCUUUUGAUUUGCCACAGCUUCUCUGCCCGGGGCAAAAGUUCUUCCAUGAAAACGGGAAGAACCUAUCGUUGGACCGUUAGUUGAAAUGCUGACUGGCAUUCCAUCGUCUGUCGUCUUGUGUUAUGGUCGAACGGAUUCGCCGGACACAUUACUGCCAAUGAAGUUCUGCUUAGUGUGCUCAUCAUUUCUCUCGUGCGUUUAAAAUAUUUACGGGACUGAAGAAAUAGUUUAAGAAAACGUGCUCAGAAUGGUGAUUUUGUUGCUUAUGCUGCUAUGCACGUUCGGUGGCACAGUUCGGGGCAGCAGUUUACCAUCGGAAUCACCGUGGAAGUCGGAAGUGGAACGUGAACUUGCACCGGAUGCACUGCUAGUUCGGUUGGACCGUUUGGUGAACGUUUGUGUGGCUAACUAUGAGGAUCUUACGACCGAUUUACUCCUGGGAAUUGCGAUCGCGAAUGCACAACUGAGGACUAUACUGAAACAACCACUGCAAGAACGGCAGCGUCAGUUUGUAGAAUCGUUGGCCAAAAAGUGUGAUUUUGUUGAAAGCCGCAUCGAGAGUAUCUUCAGCUUUCCGAGCGGUGCUAAUGCCGUUGUUUCGAAACUGUUGAUAGAUUCAGAAUUUUGGCAGUCAAAGGAUGGCAUUGAUGGGGCUGUCCCUAACCGGGUAAGAAGCAAACGAAGCAGACGUCGUCGAAGUCAACUCUUGAUGGAUGAUCCACAAACCUUGAUGGAGAGCUACCUGGAAGCGAUCGAUGCUGGAGGUCCUAGCGAAUUGCAAUCAGAUGAAUGUUUGUCUGAAUUACUGGUGAAUGAGUCGGAAAAUGAGUUCAACACCACCGCCAGCCCAACCAGCAGCAGCGGAACGAGUGCGAAACGGCUCAUCCUUAGCCGUCAAUGUAGUGCCGCUAUGUCGCUACGAAAACGCUCGUACGGUUACCAUCUAACGCAUAAAUUGCUCUUCUACAUCGUGCUCGGGCGGGAACGGUUCGCGAAUGUGGAUCGCAGCUUCGUAGCAGAUGGACAGCGUACCCUUUGCGAGCAGAUACUGCGCGAGUCUGGUCUGAUCGCUGGAUUUGAUUAUCCGGAUCUGUUUCGCGAUCUGUUCAUGGAGCAGGUGUUUCUGUGCGCGUUCAGCGAUGCACCAUUGCCCGAGUUUACUAACCCGGCAUGGUUGGCGGCCAUCGUUAGUUGGCAGAAUGGUGAAGGAUGCUUCAAGUAUUAUGCGGCAGAGGGAGACGGUGUGAUCGGUCCGAACGCACUAACCACACACUGUUCCACACACAUGACCGGUGUCGGUGCGGCCCUGUUGGGGUUGUUUGCAAGGCUUCAGCUGGUACAGUGAGAGGAUCAGCCGGCAUAGCAUAAGACCGCAAGUCUUAUGCACUAAUCUAGUCUACCAUCGAGCCUGUACAUGUCAUCUGUUUGUGCGUGUGUCUAUUUGUCUAUAAAUGAAUAAACUUCUUUAUCCGAAUCAUACUAUUAAUCAGAAUUUCAGAGGGAACUGUAGAGGGAAUUACCGGUUAGGAAGGGACAUCAUUCCUAUGAUUAAUAAACCGCACCCAAGUUAAUCGUAACUCGAUAUGAAUGUAGCAUUAAAGCCACAAAAUUGUCUUUUCUACAUCUG